AAGACCGCUAGGUGGCAGCGUUUCAAAUCUUUACUGAAACAAAUGCAGAAGGUUAGCAGUUUGUCGCAGAGUGGGAGUCAAACUUCAAAAAUCCCUGGUGCCUCUCAGCCCACCAUCUCUGAUAAAACCAGACAUUCCUGCGACCAUCAACUCACCGCUGCAGCCCCCCAAAAGGAAAUACAAAAUUAAAGGGUCCAAAAUCAACACCAUGACUGCGGAGGAGAUUAUAAACAUCAAAGAAGUGGAGAUAAUAAAGCUGAUUUUGGACUUUCUCAACUCCAGGAAGCUUCACAUAAGCAUGCUGGCUUUAGAAAAGGAGAGUGGGAUAAUCAAUGGGCUUUAUUCAGAUGAUAUGCUCUUUCUGAGGCAACUUAUAUUAGAUGGCCAAUGGGAAGAAGUUCUGCAGUUCAUACAGCCUUUAGAAUGCCUGGAUAAAUUUGACCGGAAAAGAUUUCGAUAUAUCAUCUUAAAACAGAAGUUUCUGGAAGCUCUUUGUGUAAACAAUGCCAUAUCGGCAUCAGAUCACCCUGAGAAUCUGGAGCUUACCAUGCAGGAUGCGGUAAAGUCCCUCCAUGCCUUAGAAGAGUUCUGCUCAACCAAAGAAGACUACAGCAAACUUUGCCUGCUGCUCACCCUCCCUCGCCUCAACAACCAUGCCGAAUUCAAAGACUGGAACCCCAGCACGGCCCGCGUCCACUGCUUCGAGGAAGCCUGCUCCAUGGUGGCCGAGUUUAUCCCUGCAGACCGCAAACUAAGCGAAGCCGGUUUCAAAGCCAGCGGGGAUCGUCUUUUCCAACUCCUCAUUAAAGGAAUACUGUACGAGUGCUGCGUUGAGUAUUGUCAAAGCAAAGCGACCGGAGAAGAGAUCAGCGAAGAGGAAGUCCUCCUAGCUGUCGAUGUUCUGUGCGGUAACGGUUGUGAAGAACUAGACCUCAGUUUGCUCUCGUGGCUGCAGAACCUCUCGUCGUCCGCCUUCGCUUGUGCUUUCGAACAGAAGACACUGAACAUCCACGUGGACCGUCUCGUCAAACCAGCCCGGACGGGUCACCCGGACCUUCUCACACCUCUCCUUACAAAACUCUCACCUUGCCCAGCUUCGCCCCUGCGGCGACCCCAGUCGGCAGAUACGUAUAUGUCCCGUUCUCUCAUUCCUGCUUUGGACGGCCUGUCGCACGGCCUGGCAGGAAGGGAAAAGAAAAACACAGAUGGUGACGGAAGAAGGCAGAUGUCGCAGUCUUUUGCUAACUUUGGAUAUCCAUCUGGAGGGAACGCGAGCAAGAGUGCGCUGGAGACCAGCGUCUUUAGUGAAUCCCCAGACAGAGCACCAGCUCAAGCUGAGAGGAUAAAAGGAUCAGAAGAAACUAACUCGCAGCGUCCUCCACUGACACCCGGGAGAGAUGGUGGCUCCACCGGGUCAGGUGAAAAUUCUGAUGAGCAGCUCCAGGAGUUCCAGCGUCAGCGGUUACGUGUGCAGCAGCAUCUGGAGCAGAAACAACAGCAGAGGGAGCUGUAUCAUCAGAUGCUGCUGGAGGGUGGAGUUCAUCCUCCAGAUCAACCCACAGAUGCGGCCCGCCACAACCUCACCCAGAAGUUCCUAAACAGGUCCAUUCAGAAACUGGAGGAACUCAAUGUGGGCAUGGAAGAUUUGGGAGAAGACGUCCAGGCUUUGGCUCAGGAAUGUAAUGGUGAGACGGCGGGUGGGAAACAGACCCCUGAAACUGGUUUAGGUGGGAUCAAAGCUUCGGUGGCCAGCAGCACCCCUCAUAAGGGAGGAGGUCGGGGGGUGCCAUCGCUGGACGAGUCUCCUGUACUGGUCAACCAGAGCAUGUUUCAGGAUGAGAAACCCAAACCCCCAUUCGUCGCAGUGCAGACGCUGGAGGACACACAAGCUGUACGGGCUGUUGCUUUCCACCCCUCCGGGACCCUUUAUGCUGUGGGCUCGAACUCGAAAACCCUAUGUGUCUGCACCUACCCACAGUCCCUCAAAGCUAGUGCUCAAGGUCCAGCAAAUCAACCGGACAUCUGUUUCAAACGUAUUAAACACCAUAAAGGCUCCAUCUACUGCGUUGCCUGGAGUCCCUGCGGACAGCUGCUUGCUACAGGGUCCAAUGACAAGUACGUCAAAGUGCUGCCCUUUAACCCAGAAACCUGCAAUGCCACAGGGCCGGAUCUAGAGUUUAGCAUGCAUGAUGGUACCAUCAGAGACCUGGCGUUUAUGGAGGGCCCUGAAAGCGGUGGAGCCAUCCUCAUCAGUGCAGGAGCUGGAGACUGCAACAUCUACACCACUGACUGCCAUAGAGGACAAGGCCUACAUGCUCUCAGCGGACACACAGGCCACAUACUGUCCCUGUACACGUGGGGGGGAUGGAUGAUCGCCUCCGGCUCUCAGGAUAAGACAGUGAGGUUCUGGGAUCUGCGUGUGCCCAGCUGUGUGAAAGUUGUGGGGACGGCUCUGCAUGGAACAGGAAGUGCAGUGGCCUCGGUUGCAGUGGAUCCUAGCGGUCGGCUAAUGGCCACCGGAUUGGAGGACUGUCGUUGCAUGCUCUAUGACAUCAGAGGUGGCCGAACGGUUCAAGCAUACCGUCCGCACACCAGUGACGUCCGUUCUGUUCGCUUUAGUCCCGGUGCACACUAUUUGCUCACGGGUUCUUAUGAUAACAAAGUCAUGAUCACUGAUCUUCAAGGGGAUCUUACCAAAACCCUUCCUGUAACGGUUGUUGCUGAACAUGCCGAUAAAGUGAUCCAAUGUCGAUGGCACACCAGGGAUCUCUCCUUCCUCUCCUCUUCAGCUGAUAAGACGGUCACAUUAUGGGCAUAUCAACCUUAAUCUACAACCUUCUGCUGAAAGAAAUAGCACAGAAACAUUGAAUUAUGAAUGAUUAUAAAUAAGUCGGAGUAUGUUUAUAUUUUUUUGUAACUUCCUCUAGUGUACUCACAUUCCUGUAAAAUGAAAUGGACUGUUCACUUCUCAUUCUUAGUAUUGCAUGUCUACUGGAAAAACUGCUUUUUAGUCAAAUAUGUCGCAUUAAGCUUUUCACAACACAAAAUGCCACACAUGCUUCUAUUUGUGGUUUGCGAUUUUAGGUAAACAUAAGAGUCCGGAAAUGUGAGCUAAACUGUGCCUUGAGGUAUUGUUGUCUGUAGUUGAAUGUCUUGUAAAUAAGAGAUUUUUUGUAUUUACCUAAAUUAUAAUUACAGUAUAAGUUACAGUUACAGGUGUAUAGCACAUUGCACUAUGAACAUCUAAGUUAUAUAAAAAAAACCUGAUGUCUCUAAUUUCGCACUUGCAGAAUACUUUUUAAGCAGCAUGAAUGGUCACUUUUUCAUUAAUAUACAUGUAAAUGUAAAUAAAGCACCAUGAUGUAAAUACUAACAGGUAUUGUCAAGUCAUGAAUUUAAACAGCUAAAAGUUUUUUUUAUGAAUGGUUUUAUUUCUGAUUGUCGUUUUCAAAAAGCCUACAUUUAUAUGCAUUAUAUGCAUCAC